GCGGCUGUAGAGAAGCACCGACAUGUUGUCUCCGGCUCACCUAGAUAUGUUUGUGUCUCACCCAGGGGGCCCUCAGUACCAACAGAUGCUGUUGGGGGGGCACUGAGAGGCAUGAAGGUCAAGGACUUCUCUUGCUGUUCACCUUGCUCAUUAUUACUUUCAACGUGCUGUUGAUACUCCUCAUCACCACCUCCCCUGUCCUCAGGCAGUCCACAAAACACCUCCUCAUCCUGAAUGUUGCUGUGGGAGACCUCCUCAUGGGGGUUCUAGUGUGUCCGCUUCUUCUGGACGUCUCCAUCAGACAGGAGUGGAUCUUCUCCUGCCAUACCUACAACACGCUGGUGCUGUUCCGGACGUCCCUGGUUCCGUCAGUCACCUGUCUCGGCCUCUUCCUCGUCAACGUCUUCUACAUCCACAGAAUAACGUCACAUCAUCUCUACGCUCCCAACAAAGCUGAGGUCAUCAUGCCGAUGGUUCUGGGAUUCGUUAUCUGGCUACUGUCGAUUAUUACACUGGUACCGCUGUACUUUGGCGCAACAUCACCCCGUAACUCAUCAUUUGUGCUUGCAUGUACGAGGGUAGUGAGUGAUGAAACAUCGGCCAACCUGUACGUAAUUUUCAGUUACUUUCCACAACUGUUAUGUAUUUUAGCAUCAGCCAUUCUGGUGGUGUACGUCCAUCUUCCAGGAUACCUGUCCCGGAAUCUCUUGUUCUAUGGUGAGCACAUCCAGGUACCUAUUGACGCCAUUUCGUCCAUCUUCAUCACUAUUGCCUUGUACACGCCAUACUUCGUCCUGGAGUUCGCCACCAUCGCCUACCCCUGCCCUACCCACCGGAAGUGCAGCCAGCUGCACGUGGUUAGUCAGGUGGCAAUGUGGCUUAUCCUUGCCAAGUCCUUCCUGGUCCCAGUCUGCUGGCUCUGCUGUAGAGAGAUCCGUCAGGCCCUCAAGUGUCUGUGUUGUGGCUGACCUGCAUGUAUACUACUCGCGUGAAGUUAAAGAAGACUGUAUAUUCCUGACUUAACAUGAUUAACUACAGCUACAUGAGAACAUCAGGUGUAUUUAUUGCAUUGGCAUGAAAGAAUUACUAUGGUAACUGAGGGGUGUUCUUUUGAGUAGUAUUAUGAUAUAUCUUACAUUAAAAUAUAUUCACUGGGAAGACGUGUAAUAUAUCUGUGAUUAUGUUAGAAGCCUUAAUUACGUGGAAUGAGGUUGACAUUUCUGUGCAUUUAGAGAUACUUACCAACAACAUCAUCAAGGAAUAUUUUAUGUCAUGUGCUGUAAUCACUGUGAUUUAUCCUUUGGUUUCGGAAAAAACUACCACGUUAUUUUCAAUCUGUCAUUUACAUAUGUGUAAUAUUUGUAGUCAGCGGUUCGUUACAUUUAUGCAUAUAUAAUAAGGGUUAUUAGGAAUUAUCAAGACGUAUUUCCUGAUCCGUAUGGUAUUAGCAAAUGGAGAAGACAUGAUCAUAUCUGCUGGGGAUAGGCGAUCAGAUCCAAUGUGUUCUAAUGGUUGUUGUGAUUAGAUCAUCACUAUAACAGGUCGGGGGUUAAAUUCAUAAUUAGCAUUCUGCAGUCAACGUCACUGACACCAAUUAACAAACUUCUAUUGGCAAGACAAGCACGAGAUCUUAAAGACAUGCUACUGAUCAGUCGAUCAAUGCCAUCUUGACUCAUGUUUUACACUCAUCAGUAAGAGCAGCACCGAGUUCACUGAGAUUAGGGAUAGAUUUUGAUGUUGACGUACACAUCUGUACGCCCCAAAUGUGUCAGCCAAAUAAAGGUCAGGACUGAGUGCUUGUCGUGGCAUGGAUGUUUUGCCGUUGGAAGAGUUGGGUCACAAUCCUGGUAUGGUGAACACGUGCAUUAUCAUGAUCAAAGAUGGAACUUUGGCCAGCAAGUGGUGCAGUGAUGUCCCGAUGGUAUAGACCUGUAACUGGGACGGCAAAGUGGCCAGUAAUUGUGAUACCAAACAUACCAUUAUGGAUCCACACAAAAUGGUAAGCUGUAUGGCGUUUACCUUCAUAAAACGUUUAUUAGGACGUCUCAAAACUCGAUUCCUCAGACAUAG